CCCGCCGGCCGGGAGGGUGCCGCGGGACGCGGGUCACCCCGCGGGACAAAGGGGCGGCGGGGAGGAUGGCGGGGGCCGUUCUCGCCCUUCGGUGCCCCGGGGCUGGCGCCUCACCUGCGGGCGGGCGCGGAGCCGAGGGGAGCCGGGCACUGCGGGCCACCGGCCGUCCCCGCCGGGCGCUGCCGCCAGCCGGCCUGCGGGAGCCGCUGUCCCGGCUCGGGGCGAGCGCUCCGCGAAGAGCUUAAUUUUUAACCCCGCUCGCAUCAACGGGAGCGCACCCGGCGCCGCCUCUCCGGCCGCGGGCUAACAAAAGGGAUAACGGGGCUUCUCCCCACCGGUCCCCGCGUCGAGUCCCCGCCGCCGGGGCGGCCGGAGCAGCAAGCACCGCUGCUCGCCGAUGUCGGUGACUAACUUUGAAGGGGCGACUGGCGAGGAAACAGCUGAUAAAAAAUUCGCCUUUGCUGCGUUUCACGCUUGGGAGGCGUCAGAAGUAGCUCUGCGGUUGAGCCACAGCGGUCCUCUACUUUGAUUGAUCACCAUGACCGAGAACACCCGUAUUUUGGGGUUUUUUAAGACAUACAUCACACCAUCUCUUCAGUGAAGCGGCUGCUGGAGCCUGUGGCAGUUGUUCACCUCCUGCCCCGAGCGAGGUCCGAGGGGUCGAGGAGAGUGAAUGCUAUGCAGAGCAGAAACCUUCCUCUGGUAUGAGUUGUAAGGGGAAGCGAGUCUCCCGUGUGGUCAUGUUCUGCAGCCCGGCUCCUGUUCAGGUUACCUGCUUUGUCCACCCGCCUGUUGCUACCAUCAACUUGAUGUCUCUGGCUACGACAGCAAACGGUGUGAGACCGGCAUUCAGAAUGGCAGGCUUGUCCACUUUAAUCCUCCUUUUGUGUGCUGCUAAAGAUGUGAUGCCCUCCAGUUCUCACUGGAAGCCAACUUGGCCGUCUUACAGAGUUCCAGUUAUCCUGCCACAAUCUACCCUUAACUUGGACAAACCACAGUUUGAUGCUGAAGCCAGACUGGAAGUGGUAUCUCCCUGUGGCCCAACAUGCCACAAAAGUUCUCCGCUGCCAACUUAUGAAGAAGUGAAGAACUACCUGUCCUAUGAAACUUUGUAUGCUAAUGGCAGCCUCACUGAAACUGAAGUGGGCAUAUAUAUUCUGAGCAACAGCGGUGAUGGGUCUCGAGGCAAAUCUCGAACUAAGAGGCAGAUCUAUGGCUAUGACAGCAGGUUUAGCAUUUUUGGGAAGGACUUCUUGUUGAAUUACCCGUUCUCCACUUCGGUGAAGCUAUCUACAGGUUGCACGGGGACGCUAGUGGCUGAAAAGCAUGUUCUUACUGCUGCUCAUUGCAUUCAUGAUGGCAAGAGUUAUGUCAAAGGAGCUCAGAAACUGCGAGUGGGGUUCCUAAAGCCCAAACUGAAAGAUGGCAGCAAAGGGGCCAAUAUCACCAACUCAGCAAUGCCUGAGAAAAUGAAAUUCCAGUGGAUCCGAGUGAAACGGACACAUGUCCCCAAAGGAUGGAUCAAAGGCAAUGCCAAUGACAUUGGCAUGGAUUAUGACUAUGCCCUGCUGGAGCUCAAGAAGCCUCAUAAAAGAAAGUUUAUGAAGAUAGGUGUGAGCCCACCAGCAAGACACUUGCCUGGAGGGAGGAUUCACUUCUCUGGCUACGACAAUGAUCGUCCAGGAAACUUGGUUUACCGUUUCUGUGAUGUCAAAGAUGAAACAUAUGACCUGUUGUACCAGCAGUGUGAUGCCCAGCCGGGUGCGAGUGGAUCUGGGGUGUAUGUGAGGAUGUGGAAGAGGCAGAAUCACAAAUGGGAGCGUAAAAUUAUUGGAAUAUUUUCAGGCCAUCAGUGGGUGGACAUGAAUGGUACCCCACAGGAUUUCAAUGUAGCUGUUCGCAUCACACCCCUCAAAUACGCACAGAUCUGUUACUGGAUCAAAGGCAACUACCUUGACUGCAGGGAAGGCUAAAGACAAUGAAACUCCUUGAAAGCACUUAAUGACUGGUUUUAAUUUCUCAUCUGAGGAGAGGGUAGACUUCUGCUGCAAAUGCAUGUGAUAGGAUCUUGUAACAUCGGGAUGUGAUAUAUAGCUUUUCAAGCAAGCCACCUUGUUCUCAGGACAGGGGCUGUGUGGUGCUGUCAUUGCAGCUCGAAACUGGGGAGAAAGGAACGUCUGCUGGGUGGGGAAGGAGCAGGUGGACUUGCUGAAUUUGCAGCUGAGCAACUGAAGAUUAAUUAGGGGCAGAUCAGUAAACAGUAUGAAAUCAGAACUGUCUCCAAAGAAUCUUACAAAAGGGACGCUGUUGACUAUCUCAUGCCUACAAUGUUUGUUUUAAUAAAUCCUAGGAUUAGUAGAAAUGCUUUGAUCUGAACUUUUAAGAAAAUAUUUCUAUGCUGUUGGGGGCUGAAGAGGGGCAUUUAAUGGUGUUUGCAACCCAAACAUUACAGCUUUGUGUUCCUGCAUGAGCAAGGGAGUGUGAAAAGGGCAAGGCAUGUGCUGUGGGAGAUGAAUGCCACACAAAUAGCAUGAAGGGUAAAUACUUAACACUUCUAACCUUCUUUUGGCCUGAGUGAUUUGAGACUUUAUUAGUAACAUAGUUAAGAAAAAUGCUUUUUGAGCAAACGGACCUUGAUGUUGCAAGAACUUGACUGUGAAGGUGAUGUUGGUCAUAUGAGCAGUGCCAUUGCGUUCUGCUUUGGGAAACAAAUCAUGCAUGGGCUUAAAUCUUUACAGCAGCUGGGGCAUAGCCUUACACCUAGCAGGAUCUCUGUGAGUAUACUAUUAUAGAAAGCAUAUGAGGACAGAGGCUUGUUUUCUGUUAUGACCUUACUUCGAUCUUUUAAGGAAAAUCUCGUGUCAGCAACUCAGGUUUUCAGAGGAGAAGCCUGUCCUCGGUCUUGCUGGCUGUUUGAAUUGCAGCCUGCAAAGCAGGUAAAGAGGAGAGCAGGACAAGGAUUUCUAUUGAGUUUUUCCCCUUUUUGUUGAAGAUCCAUGCUGUUCUACCUAAACAUAUACUAGGUAGAAGGGCCCUAGAUUUAUAAGUGUCUCUCUAUCGUAUCCCUUUGACAGUGUAAUUUGUACAGCAUCUUGACUCCUGUUUCUUGUGUCAUUUGGGGUAGGAAUCCUCCUCCCCAUCAGACUGUUGAGUUACAAAUAAUUCUUGGCAAAUGCACAGUUCAGUAAUUCUGCAGCUGGAAUAGAGCCACAUUAUAGGGUGCAAUCUGAGUUUGCUAUGAAGUGAUGCUCUGCUGUCCCUUAUACAUGACAGUGAUUUACAUUUUUACUAUAGCAGAAUUGUAGUUUGAAACAAGAACUGUCUUUUAUAGGUAAAAUCAGUGCAGCCAAAUACUUGUAGCUUAGCAAACAGCAUUGUUAAGUCGAUGUGGUCUGUACAAACAGUGUUUCUCGGGUGGAUUGUGCCUCUGUAUUGCAGUAACAUGGUUAAGUACAUGCUGCCAUGCCAAUAUUGUUUUUUUAAAUAGGAGGAUAGACACUGGCGCCAGUUCCAGUUUCUCUUCCAUCCAUCUCUCACUGUUGCCUGAACCUUACCGAGUUACCCAUGGCACUUGGUGUUGUGGGGCAAACGCAAGUCCCUGGUGUGAAGUGGCAGAGCUGGGAAGGAAUGAAUCUAAGCAGAGCUUCCCUAUGCUAUAAAGGAAAACGUUAAUUCAGCUAAGCCUUUCUUACACUCUACUAAUUACUAUGGCAUUUGUAAACAUAUGCCUGAUGGUGCUUUAUCUUUGUGAUGGCUUUGGCUCUAGUUCUGAAAAACAUUUUUUGCUAGAGCUGCCUACGAUUAUUAUUUUUAUAGGUGCAGCGUACAAAAACAUGGACCCUUAUGUGGGCUUUUGGUGCCCUCAGAUACAAGCAGUUACUAAUGCUUUGAAAUAUGAAUAAUCACAAUAUGUAUCUGAUGGUCUUUUUCUGCCUUUUUAUUUUAAUUUCCUUUACUUUAUGGCUGUUAUCUGGAGCACUUUUGUUUGAAUGUAUCACAGUGAAUAAAGAAAAGUUAUGGAAUUUCAA